GUGAAGGUAGGAAGGCAGGAAGGAGAAACGCCACCUUUCUAGAGAGAGAGAGAGAGAGAGAGAGAUGAGGCUGCACAGAAUGUAGAAAGAGUCUCAGAACUAUGUGGAACAUAGAGAGGAACAACAGGCGACCGCAGUGAGAGCACCGGGGAGCUGAAUUACCCGUGGAGGAACCAAGACAGAAAGAAAAGGGACACUUUUCUGUAAACUUUGCUUUCACUUGUCGUUGUUUCAGCCCCUUUAACUCUCAGAAGAUUGUCAAGAUGGCCUUGAACCACAAUGAGCUCCUGUCCUCUUCUCCUGUCCUACAUGUCACUCCGUCCUCUACCCCAAUUGUCCUUCCCAGUCCGACUCUGAACAUGUCAAUACAGCAUGCUGCCAACUUCUCCUCCGGCACGACUAGUGGUAGCGAGACGAUCUUGACCAACAGCGUCGGAGCGAUCACUGGCGCAGUGAUCCUCGGCCUCGUCUUCCUCCUCGGCGUCCCCGGGAACGUCUUCAUCAUUUGGAGCAUCUUGGCCAGAGCACGGCGUCGCUCCAUCACCACCCUCCUGAUCCUGAACCUCGCCUUCGCCGACGGCUUCCUCAUGCUGCUGACGCCCUUCUUCAUGGCGUAUUUGGCUCAGCGCAGUUGGAUUUUCGGCCUGGCGCUGUGCAAAGUCCUGUUCUACCUCUGCUGCGCCAACAUGUACGCUUCCAUAUUUCUGAUCAUGCUGAUGAGUCUCCACAGGCUGGUGGCGAUAGUGUGGCCGAAGCAUGUCGGCGCGCUGACAAACCGCAGGACGCUCUCGCGGGUGCUGGCGGGACUCUGGGUUCUCGCUCUGGGACUCUCUGCGCCCGUUUUGGUUUUCAGGACCACCACCGAGGACAACAAAGAGCCUCUGAGAUUCGUGUGCGACUGCCAACACCAACAACCACAAUAUGAGGUGAUGCAGUACGGUAUGGAAACAUUACUGGGCUUCUUGUUGCCAUACGGCGUGAUCAUAGGCAGUUACGUGUGCAUCCUGCGCAGAAUCCGCCAGACGCGCUUUCGCAGACGCAUCCGCAGCGAGAAACUCAUCCUGGUGAUCAUCAUCACCUUUGGACUCUUCUGGCUGCCGUACCACAUCAUAAACAUGGUGCAGGUGGCUGCAGCUUUACUUCCGGGAGAUUCAGCAAAAAAAAAACUAAUAAAUGUCAGGAAGAAGCUGCGAGCGCUCACCUCUACCGUGGCCUUCGUCAGCAGCUGCAUAAACCCCGUCCUCUACACCUUCGCCGGUAAGUCGUACAUCCGGCGGGAGGGUCUGGCCUUCAUGGCGCGGCUGUUCGAGGGAACGGCGCUAGAAACGACGCGGAGGAUCCGGCGCAGCAACCAGAACAGCCGUGACCGAGAGAAGGACACCGACGAGGGAGACAGUCUCAAAGACAAAGACUCCGACUCCAACACUACUGCGAACGCAAACUCGGUUAUUAAAGUUGUGCCGCAGAAAAACGGUAAGUGAGCGUCUGGCUGCGGCUUGUGACGGGAAACUCAAUCUACAGUGGGAUGUGCAUUGUUAAAGGUGUUGCACGGUGGGUAAAUGAGGACAGCUUGUGCUUUUGUAACAGAUGGAGGUCAAUCCAAGUUUGUAUUAUAAAAUAAAAACUGUGUACCCAAAAACAAAACGAGAACAAGGAGCCCAGUGCCUAAGCCAAACCAUCGCCAGACCGAGGACCGAGACUGCCACAAGUUUUUAACAUCGACUAAUGGGCUAAACAAGGAACAGGUUCUAACUGUUAAAAACAUGGCAAAGAAAGUCCACAAAUCCGACAAAGGAAGAGCUGUAUUUAUUCCAGUGCUUUCAAAGAACCGCUUCAUGUCGUUGUCCAGUAGAGGGUAUCACGCAACUGAGAGACAGAAGAUCCCUUCAGGGCUGCGUUUCCCAAAAGCAUGGUAAGACUAAGUUGAUGGUAGAACCAUUGUGUCAGGGUUCUCUGAGUUGUGUUGUGUCUGAGCACAUGGCUGUCUUUGUUUGUGUUUGCCAUGUGCUCCUCUUGUCCCGCCCCCUUGUUUCCCAUUACCACGCCCCCUUGUUUAGUGCUUGAGUCCUCUUUUUUUUGUCAGAGUGUUGUCAGCUGUUCCUCAUGUCUCAGAUCCCUUUAUGUUGUGCUCUCGUUCCCUCUUGUGUUGCCAGUUCGUCUCAUAUAAUGUGCUGUUCUCGCUAUUCGCAAUAGUCUGUGGUGUAUUGUUCAGCUGGUUCUUGUUUUGUUCCUGUGUAUCCUUGCCCUAGUGUAAUAUUCUUCAAUGUUUUCUGCUUUACUGAAAUUUAGUACUGAAAUUUAAGAUGGAACCCAAUGUCCAGUUACGUUUUUCUUUCAAAAUAAAUUUCCAUGACUUUUGAUGAAUGUUUAAGGAUGUAUUUAUUUUGUUUUAUGAUUUGACAGAUUCUGCGAAACUGCAUUGUUAGAAAAUGUAUAAUGACAUUACAUUUCCUGAUAGCUCUAGAUUUUCCAGUGAGCCCGGAUUACAGUAAAAUAGAGUGAUUUAGGGUUUAAUUGAGACUAUGUUGUCAUGGCAUCAGUGAAUGAGGUAAAUAAACGUUUGAGGGUUUCUGUGCUUAAUUAUAUCACUAAAAGUGUUAUUUCCAUUCCUAUUUUUUUUUAUUAUGUAGGCCUACUACAUCAUCAGUCAUAUUAAAUGUUAUUAUUUAUACCGAUUCAUGUCUGCAUGUGUGUUCGUGUUCUGGGAUUAUAAUGAUGAUAUUUGAAAAACUGAAAUUAUGAUCCGUUGUAAAUGUGUAAAUAUCAGCUAUGUGGUUUUAGUAUCUGUCAUGGAGGCCUUGUGUGCCAAUAAAUGUAUUCAUCGGCAAAUGAGUUUACAUGAAUAUUCAUUAGUUUCCAUAAUGUGGGCGUGUCAUUGUGACAACGUGCAAGCAACUUGUUUAAAGAAUUAUUUCGAAAAGGUAACGAAGUUUCAAUGUUAAGCAUCAAAGCAUUAACUGCAACCGAGUCAAAACAAUGCAUCGUUUGUAUAAUAUGAUAAAUCGCUGAGCUGUCCUGAUUGAUUACAGGCACACAGCAGAGCAAACAAGAAGCAAAUAACCUGUGCUAACCCAGGCUAAUAUCAUGUUUUACUCUUUGAUGUGCUUAGCUUUUUAUUUCAUUUGUGAGACUUUCAUUUUUAUUUGAAUAGUUGGAUUAGUAGCCAACCUAGUUGUCAUUGGUGACUAGUACUGCAGUUUGUUUACAACAAUGCUUGAAAUAAACCUCUACAAAUG